AUGGAACAAGACGCGCACACCCUCGCCACCGCAGCUCUCACCAAUCACUCAGGGCCACAAAGUCCUAGGGCGCAUAUGUUUCCAGUGACACCUCCAGAGGACUCUAACAAAGACAUCAACAUGCUCCGGGCUCUGAAAGCCCCAUCUCUUGUGGCGAAUGCGCGGAUUGGGCACUCCCUUGAGAAGCUGUCGCAACCAGCUGCGAAGCUGAAUUCGCAGACGGUACGUGAGAUGCCGCCUUCUCUCAGCUGCUCCAUCAACAAGACGAAGGUCGAAUACAGGAGUUUAGGGAACAGCGGCUUGCGCGUUUCCAAUCCUAUUCUUGGCUGCAUGCACUUUGGCAGUUCCAAGUGGCUUGACUGGGUGUUGGACGAAACGGAUGCCGUAGCUCUUUUGAAGGAAGCAUACGACCGGGGGAUCAAUACCUGGGAUACGGCAAAUGUUUACUCCAAUGGACAGUCGGAGUGCGUUAUUAAGGAAGCGCUGAAGAUCCAUCGGAUUCCAAGACACAAGGUUGUCAUUAUGACCAAAUGCUUCAGACCAGUGACAGAUCCAGACGUCGACCCGAACAUGGGAAGCAUCAUGGCAAUGUUUGGCAGUGAAGCGCAAAGGAGCAAAGAUUACGUGAACCAAAGCGGGCCAUUUCUUCAAGGUCUCUCUAGGGCCGCUAUCUUCAAACAAGUGGAAGACUCGUUGAAGCGCUUAGAUACAGACUAUAUCGACGUGUUGCAGAUCCACCGUUUCGACCACAGUGUUCCACCAGAGGAGACGAUGAAGGCGCUGCACGACCUCAUUCAGGCCAACAAGGUGCGGUACAUUGGCGCUUCUUCAAUGUGGGCACACGAGCUAGCCAUUCUUCAACAUGUGGCUGAGAGAAACGGCUGGACGAAAUUCAUCUCCAUGCAAAACCACUACAACCUGCUGUACAGGGAAGAGGAGCGCGAGAUGGUCAAGUUCUGCCGUAUGUCAGGAGUGGGCCUCAUUCCGUGGAGUCCGCUGGCGUCUGGGAGACUCGCGCGCCCCCUGCGGCGCGGCAGCUGCGACGGCGCCGCAGUGGCUGCUACUACCCGCUCCGCGCAAGGCCCAAUAUAUGAGGACGAUAACAUGGCGGAGAGCGAGGAGAUCCUCCGACGGGCGCAAUGUGUAGCCGACGCGCGCGGCUGGCCCAUGAGCCAUGUCGCCCUGGCCUGGCUCAACAAGCGAGUCACGGCUCCCAUCAUUGGCUUGUCAAGCGCGGCGCGCAUGGACGAGGCGCUGGGUGCGCGCGGCAAGGUCUUGAGCGAGAUGGAAGAGCAGUACUUGGAGGAGCCAUAUAGACCGCAGCGCGUACAGGGGCAUACUUAA